AUGAGAUCUCAUCCUGUGGUCGGAAACUUGACCAAAAACGCAGAUUCAAUAGACAAGCUGACUGCAGGGCAAGUUGUAAAAGCGUUGUUCUAUGACGCGACAUUCAGUGAGCCUGUCAGUCAGUCAGUUUCCAGAAUGUCAACUGCACCUCGUCUGAUUGGCAAAGCCGAAUCAGGAGACUCCGUCGUUGACUCCCUUCUGAAGUCUUCUCACCAGUUCCGGAUAUAUGAGGUGCCAGAUGUCAAGCAACAUGUACCAAUUGUCUUCUUCAGCAGUGGCACCACAGGGACACCUAAAGGCAUAGAAGUGUCGGACUUCCACGUCCAACUUUCAGGAAUUCUUUUCGAAUCUAGAAGAGAAUCUUUACUUAUUGCCUCGCCUCUGUAUUGGUACAGCGCGUUAGGUACCUUGAUGAGUGCCAUUCACCAGAAUCACUCCAUGAUCAUCACCAACUCCAACGACGCAAGAUACAGAUUGAAACUUAUGGAAAAAUACAAGGUGGAAUCUUUUUUCAGCAACAUGGCAAACAUGAUCCAAUACAUAAAUGAACCAAUGUUUGAGGACUUUGAUCUAUCUUCAGUGAAAACUGUCUUAGUAGAGGCUUCUGGUGCGUAUAUCGCUCAGCGUCUAUGA